AUGUCUACCAACGUCACCAACACAACGAUUGAUACCGAGACUUGUGGAUCCUGGAUGCUCGAGGGCGCGAUCCCUGAGGUCGAUUCCGAAAUUUCGGGCAUUGGCGCGAUACUGGCCUUCCUUCUCAGCGCCUACUUCACAUUCGCGAUUGUGUUGGUCUCGUAUCUACUGGGCUCCAUUGAUGCAGGCCUGCUCAGGCCUGUUGACCUCUAUGUUCACCGACUACCAACACAGCGACGCACAAGUCCCUCCUGGCACAAAGCGCUACAACAAUGCGUUCUCCUCCUUAGUGACCAGCAAAUCGUCACUGGCAUCGCUAUUUGUAUCGCUGGUUUCAUUGGUCUCCAUGGACAUAUCUCGGUAUAUCACUUUCAGACAGUCAUCUCCCUAGCUUGGAUGUCAAGUUCGGUUCACCUUUCGGCUCUAACAAUGCUGGGGGAUUAUUUCCGCAGGCGACCCGGUGUACUGGGAUGGCGUAUCAUUGGUAUGCUGUUACUAUUCGUCCUCUUACUGGUGGCUUUGGUGCCCACUGCAUCUAAUCUUUGGGCUAUCUGGUACACAGCAGAAAGUGGAAAAGACAACGGAAGAACAAGCUGGGCCAUUCCGGCCAGGUGUUUCUUCUUCAAGACUUGGGGCGAAGGAGUCAACCCCGAUGCACCUUUGGCAUACCUGAUCUUGAUUUUGUCCUAUCUCUGGAAGAUUGGCGCGUUGUUCAAAAGCUCUAGAAACGUGUUCCAUCGUCGCAUCAGAGGACCUUACGAAUACUUGCUGGAGCGCAUCCUACAUGGUGAAGCAAACAGAGCCUCGAACCGUCGCGAAAAGCGAAAGUCUUUGUCAUGGAGAUAUCAUGCGACCAUGAUGGUCUAUAUUAUCCUCCUAGCAUUGUUCGAGUUUAGCGCAUCUUUCGCCGCAUCGCUAUGGCUAUCUUACGUUGGUCUCGUCUAUGGGACCAUUCAGCUCAUUAUACCACGUCAGCAGAAUGCUUGGUGGAACAACAAAGAAAACUCGUGGACUUUUGGCCAGAUUGUACCUCUUGUCCUGCUCAUACAACCACUUGGAGCCAUUCUUGAGCACUACAAGCCGCGCAAACAGAAAACCAGGAGCGGUCGUGACUCACUCUCUAGUGUUUCUAGCGAAGAGGCAUACGAGCUUGGUUCUGGAGCACGUUCUACUAUGCUGUUCCAUCGAAAUUCCUCGGACGAGUUUCAACCCACCUUCUCAGAAAUGUUUGCUGCACUGGACGUUCUCAGACCAUCGCAACGCUCGGUUGAGGUGCUAGACCAUCAGAUCCCGUUUUACAACUCGAUCCUUUUUGCCACGAUCAUUGUCUGGAUUCAGAUCAGUAUCGUGGUCAUUUCCUCCAUAGUGUUCUGGGUUGACGCUGACAGCAUCGGUUAUGAUACAAAUCACAACUACUUCUUCGUCUUGGCAGGAGUUGGGUGUUCUAUCGGUGUCCUGAUCCUUUGGACCUUGGCUUCUAUACCUUUUAGUCGGGUAUUCAAAUGA